UUUCAUCUCCACCUCGCAAUCCCUCAAGCUUAAUAAUAAAACUCCGCACCGACCGACCGACCGACCGACCAUCCGGCCAUAGCCAUCAAGACUCCAUGGGCGGCUGUGCAAGCAAACCCAAGGACCUUGAUGGCAAGGCCCCCGAGGACCUCCCCGACGUCACUCCUCCUCCUCCUCCUCCGGCUGAUCAGCCCACCGCCGCCGCCGCCGAGGUUGAGGCCGAGCCGAGCGUGAAUGCGGAGAAAGAGAACGAAGAGGAGCCAAAACCUGAGGUGGCGGCGGCGGCAGCAGCGGCGGCAGCUGAGACAGCCGACGUGAGCAAGUCGAAGGUCGACACGGCGGCGGUGGCGGAAGGACAAGAAGCAGGAGGAGAAGAUUCUGGAGCUAAAGAAGAUACCAGUAAGGGUGAGGAGAAGGCUGAGGAGACAACAAACACUGAGGAAAAAAAGACAUCACAAUCUUAAAAGCGAGAAAAACUAACUAAAUGCAGUGAUUGUGCAUCAUGAGGAACAAAUUUUAAAUUUGUUCUUGUUGAGACUCCCCAUGCCACUAUUUGAAUGUGUUGGUUGGUAUAUAUUCAAUUGGAGAUACAAGUCAAUUAUUAGAACUUGUUCCUUUUUAUUAUGGGAUUAUUAUGCGAGGGUUAACUUAUGUCCAUGUAUCUUUUAAGAA